CCACCCCUCCGCCGCAGCCGUCGUCGCCCCUCGAGCCAGAGGCGCCAUGUCUUCGCCUCCAGAAGGGAAGCUGGAGACCAAAGCUGGACACCCGCCCGCCGUGAAAGCCGGCGGAAUGCGGAUUGUGCAGAAACACCCACACACGGGAGACGGGAAGGAGGAAAAAGACAAAGAUGAGCAAGAAUGGGAAAGCACCAGCCCGCCUAAACCAACAGUGUACAUCUCCGGUGUUAUUGCCCGGGGUGACAAAGACUUUCCCCCGGCGGCUGCACAAGUGGCCCACCAGAAGCCGCAUGCCUCCAUGGACAAACAUGUUUCUCCAAGAACACAGCAUAUCCAACAACCUCGCAAGUGACCUGCGCUCAGGCCCCUGCACCCUCUGCAGCCACAGCACCCAGGCCCGCCCCCUACGAUGCUCCCCUGACCAAAGGAACUUGCACUUUCCGGGCAGUUUACUAAGUUCAGAAGCCUAAGGCAAAGCAAAGUGAACCCUCAUUGUCUCAGAUCCCCAUAUUUAAAACUAGAGAGGCUCCAACUGCAAAAGUUUUCCUUGAGUCCGAGUUGUGUGUCACUGAAGGGUCACCAUACCCCACCCCCAAGAAGUGCCAUUGGCAGAACAUGGCGAGUCCUGAGGAAGUCCUUCAUACUGGCAAUCUCUUAAAGUUCUUACUCUUGGUCCUAAGAGGAAGAAGUCACCUUGGGGAGAUUUGAUAAAGUUAGAAAAACAAAACACUAUGAUAUGGAUUUUAUAAAUUGUUAUUACUUCCUGCCCUAGGAUACCCUGUACUGGCCCCAGUUCAUGGCUGCAGAAUUCCUGCUUUUCUGAAAAGUUAAAGGGCUCCCUUAGCCAUACAUAGAACCUUCUAGAGUGCUGCUGCUCACAAAGUACUCCUGGCUGUCCCGAUGCUCUGUGACCUGCAGCAUCUGCACCACCAACCAUUCUGGAACUAUGCACCAGGCCUGUGCCAUUUCACUGAAGGAGGGGCGGGCUCCUUGAAUCUUAUAAUCAAUUUGGUAUUUCACUGGAGGAGGGGCAGGCUCUUUGAAUCUUAUAAUCAAUUUGGUAUCCCAGGAGUAGGCUUAACAAGGAGCAGGACAUACACCUCGAGACCCUGUUUGGUCAGUCUCUUUGUUCUUAAUUACUGAAGGCCUCUUCAGUACCAAGAACCAAGGCUCACACUAGAGACCCAGGCGUGGGUGCAACACUACCAUGGAACCCACAGCCUUGCUCUGUCAUAUGGGACCAAACAUAGGCAAGGACCUUAGAGCAGGUAACACCAGGUCCCCUGUGCAGACCUUCUCACCUUCUGGUACCCAACUCCUGAAACAUCCAUAAUCCCUUUUAGUUCAGCAACCUGAGGGGCCGCCCGUGUUCCGUGUGCUCUGAGCUAUCCCUGGUGUGCCUCUGUGGGCUCUAGGUCGCUGAAUGUGACAUGUUUCCGUAAAUAAAUUUAAUAAUCUUAAUCAAUGACAUUGAGAAUAUGUUGAUUAUAAUAAAGCUCCUGCACUCUG